CUAUAUCUCUCUCAUAUAACAUAAGCCUUUUUUUUCACUCUCUCUACUCCAAAACUUGCAUAUAGCAACCUGCAAUCACAAAAGUGAUGUAACUAAAAAAGUAUGCGAAAAUAGUAGAGGUGACCAUAAAUUUGGGUCGGACCGGGCCUUAAUAUCAAAUGUCUUGCCCAAACCCGCCAAAAAGUGGCGGGCUUGUCGGGCCAAAACGGGCUUUCCGGGCCAGGUUCGAGCUUUUAACUAAAAAUGAUUUUUAACUUGCCCAAACCCGCCCUAUUUUCGGGCCAGAUUGGACCGGGCUAGCAGGAUAGACCAUUGUUGAUUAUAAGCAUAUAAAUACUCUGUAGUGCAAAAGUUAAAUAAUGCAAUAGAUCAUUAUGAAACAGAGAAAGUAAUCUAUUAUCUUACACCUCACAUUCUCACAAAGUCACACGUCAACCUUUUAAAAUUCUCAUUUAAUCUUACAUCAAUACAUCCAUAUGAAUAUAUUGAUGGAGGAGAACAUUGAAAGUGGAGGAAGUAAAAAGUCAGAAAUGAGGUACGAGUAACUAGUUGAGAGAUUGAGGAGAGUAACAGAAAUGAAAAAAUCCCUUGGAGUUGAAAACGAUACGAGUAAGAUCGGUAGCUGGGUUCAAGCUCUAUCCUCCGGAUCUGACUUUCCACUAUCUAGCCUCCCACCAAAGUUCAAUCAUUCCAGGUCAACAAACUGAACUUCAAUUUCACCCCAGGAAGGAGCCUAACCAUAUGAGAAACAGAUAAAGGAUUGUGAACCAUCAUAUCUUCAAUUUCAGCUACUAUGGAAGCUGCAUUUCAAUCUGCCUUUGCUUCAAGUUUACUUCAGAACUUAAUCAAAUUGAUUGGUGUCAUCAAAGAUGAAUACAAAAAGUUCCAAAGGGGUGAGGAAGCAGUAAAAUCGCUAGAUACUACUGUUGUAUUGGCACAGGAUCUGUUGAAUAGCGUAAACACAUUCCAGUUGGAUGAUGAUACACUUCGACUUAGGUUGCAAGAUCGGCUUGACACCAUGGCAAUUCUAUACUUAGAAGCAGAAGAUUUGAUUGAAGAUAUACCAGAUUUCACUCGGAAAUCUCUUUCAUCAAGGCUUAAAUCCAUGGUUAGUACUUGGGCAAAUGACAUCAAGGAGCUAGAAAGAAAACUAAAAAAAACAAUUGAGGAAGUGAAGUCUAUCGUUGAACUUACAGGUCCUGCCGAAGCUAAUAGUGGUGAUCAUGAUACUAUUGAUACAGAGCUGUUAGUGCCUUUGAUUGGAAGGGAAAAAGAUAUCGCGGAUGUCAUCGAAAGGUUGAUUACAGAUGAUGAUUCUGAUCAUGGAGUAUGCAUACUAGGUAUGGAUGGACUUGGAAAGACAAUGCUUGCCGAAGCCACCUUGCUUGACAGAAGAAUGUUGGAGCGAUUUUGCUGCAUUCGAGUUGCUUCGAUGGAGGGAUGCUUCGAUUUCAAAGAAGCAACUCGCCAACUAAGGUCAAUUAUUGGCAACAACGGGGUCCUCCAACAACAAAAUCAAAGGCUGAUGAUCUUUUUUGACAAUUUGCUAACUUUAGAAGUCUCUGCGUGGACCAAGUUUCGGGCUCUCAUUAAAGCUCAGUUGGCUUACAAAGAGAUUAAGUUCCUCAUCACCACUUUUAAUCCACAAGUUUCAAGAAUAACUCGCACAACUGCACACUACUUGAAGUGUUUGUCAGACGAAAAUUGCAAACAGGUCAUUGUGAAAAAGGCGCUCUUGCUCAAUCAAAAUUUGCCUGAUUCGCAUUUGUCACAUAUUGCCGGCAUCCUAGCAACAAAGUGUGAAGGCUUGCCAGUGCUUGCUAGAAUUCUUGGGAUGGUCUUAGCUCAAGAUCACAUGGAUGAUUGGGCGGUAAACAGAUUAAACAAGGACUUGCAAGAUAUGUCUGAUGUUAAAAGGGAGAUAAUAUCUAUCUUGAGGUUGAGCUAUCAUACUAUGCAACCUCGAUUGAUGGUGUGUCUCGCCUUUCUCUCUAUCUUUCCUCAUAGACACCCCUUUAAUAUGGAUGAUUUAAUUCACCUUUUAGUAGCAGAAGGGAUACUUCAGCAGGGCGAAGGCAAAGAGUAUUUUAGUGAUUUACAAGGCAUGUCAAUACUUCAACAUUCGGAACAUGUAAACCACACCGAAAAGCCUAAAUAUGAGUUGCACAAAUUCAGCCACAUAUUUUCUCAAUUUGAUGCUUCGAAGACAUGUUUGCGGCUUGAACAAGGGGUGUCAUCUAUAAGUGAUUCCUCAAAGAUUGAAGAUGUUCGUCACUUGUCCUUGUUGUGUGGCGACAUUCAACUUGCUAAAUGGACUCAACUUGAGAAAUUCAAACGUUUGAGGACUUUUCUUUCUCUCAAUGAUAGAAGGAUUGGUCCUGUGCCUCGCCAGCUUUUCAAGGCACUAGCGCGCCUUCGUGUACUGAAACUGAAGAAAACCGAUAUUACAGAGCUUCCAGACUCCAUACAUAGGUUGAAGCGUCUACGAAACCUUGAUAUUUCCUUUACUCCCAUAAACAAAUUACCUGAAACACUCUGUAAACUUUCCAACUUGCAAUUCCUCAAUCUCACAAACACUUCACAACUUAUUCAUUUACCACAACAAUUUCAAAAACUGACUAAUAUGUUGUGUCUUGAUUGGGAAUUAAGUGACAUAAUUCGGCUUCAUCUACCAUCCCACAUCGGAAACCUUCGUAGACUUCAGACCCUCCCUCUGUUCAUGGUAGGUGAUAGUCUUGAAGGAUACUGUAUUUCAGAGCUGAAGAAUAUGAAUUGUCUUAAAGGGUCAAUUUGCAUUCGAUUUCUCGAAUAUGUCCAAAAUCGAGCUAUGGCAGAGGAGGCAAUGCUUUGCAACAAGUUGUUGCUAGAGAAGAUAGAAUUGCAAUGGAUGAGAUUGGUGGAUGCAACUGUUGCUGAAGGUGUACUCGCAGGCCUAGAACCUCAUGUUUGUUUGAGGGAGUUGCAAAUAAUAAACUACAGUGGCAAGUUGUUUCCAGAAUGGAUUUGUGAUCCAUCGCGAAGCUUCCAAAAGAUACAUUUGAUGAAAUGUCCAUCAUGUGAGAUCUUGCCAGCACUUGGUGAGCUUCAGACUCUUAAGACUCUUGUCAUUGAAGAGUUUGCCAGUGUAACAGCUGUGGAUCGCCGCUUUUGUGGAACAUCCAGUGUUACUAGGGACGUCUAUUUUCCAUCAUUGGAAUCACUGACGUUCAAGAAGUUGGUGCAACUCCGGAAUUGGAGAGGAUUGGAAGCAAAUGACAUGCCUCGCCUUCGAAUUCUCAAAAUUGAAAAUUGUCCUGAGUUCAUCAACUUGCCUUCACUCAAGAAUCUAACCUCUUUAGUUGAAUUAAAGAUUGAACGUUGUCCAGCAAUGAGAUCAUUGCCAGAGCUGCCUUCUUCUCUUGAGUCACUCGAGAUAAGAGAGAGUGAUUUACUCAAAGAUCGAUGUGCUAUUGAAGGAGAAGAUUGGCAGAAGGUAGAUUGUAUUCCAUAUGUAGAGAUUGAUUACUCAAGGAUCCCAACAUCGGGUGCCAAUAAUGUCCCAACACCGCCUACUCAGCCACAUCAAAACAUUGUUUACCAGGGAUAUCUACUUGUCAAGGACAACAUUGGAGCAUUUAGCCGACUCAUUUUGAGGGAUAAACACGCAGGAGAAGCAGAGUAAAUAAACUAAGAGCAGAGAUGUGCAAUGGUAUGUAGCAGCUAGCUUGAUUGGCAACCUUCAUCGUCCUAGCUCGCAACUGAUGAAGAUUACUUCUCUUAAUUGAAGAGUCUCAAGCCAUAUAGCAUGUCUUUAUUCAUUGUCAAAACUUUUCCAAAUCAACCGAGCGAAGCUCCUAAAUUGGACAGAAGAGCCAGACAUUUGACAUUGGCUAAAUAUGUGCAUCAUUUCCUUGCUUUGGGGAUUCUUUGCAGCAAUUGAAGAAGUAUUCUGUUGGAGAUACUACAUGCAUUUUUCUUAUGUUGGAGUUUCACUGCGUAUUUUUAUUUAUUUAUUUUAUGCUAACACUGCGUAUUUAUUAAUGUUGUAACAAGUAUUGUUAGAGUGCAUGAAAAUAUCCUUCCUAGAAGGUAAUCCUCAUGAUAUUCAUCUGCUAUUGUAAGAUAUACACUCGUAUUAUUUCC